AUGACGAAGGACAUUAGUCUCAAGGCAGCUUGUGCUGACUCCUUCUACUACCCGCAGGAAUGGAAGCCGUCCAGGGGCUCCUUGGAUCACUUCCAGCGAAAGAGAGGCUUCGAGCAUCACUUUGGCAAGGAGCGAACAAAAAACCUCAGCAAGGGGGUGCUGCUGAUUCGCUUCGAAAUGCCCUUCACAGUGCAGUGCGUGAGGUGCGGCUUGUACAUUCAUCAAGGUACUCGCUACAAUGCUGACAAAAAAAAGGUUGGCAUGUACUUUUCAACCCCUUUGUACGAGUUCUCCAUGCACUGCGGCAACAUCGUCAGUCCGGAGAAUUCUGCAAAUGGGCGGGCACAUUGCAACCAGCGGCUUGUUAUCCGUACGGAUCCCAAAAAUGAUGACUAUGAGCUGGCCGAGGGACUUCGCCGAAAAGUUGAAACUUGGGACAACAAGGACUCAGAAACUCUGGAGCUUGUAGAUCCAGAGACUCGAAGAAGAAUGCAAGCUGAUCCGAUGUUCCGAGUUGAGAAGACCGUCAGAGACAUGCAGCAGGAGCGAAACCACAAGGAGCGCUUGUCUGAUCUACAGGACCUCCAGGCUGAGCGCGAGGAUACUUAUGGAUGGAACUGCGUUCUUCGGAAAGCCCACCGAACACGAAGAAAAGAGGAGCAAAGGCAAGAGGAGGAAGAGCGCCGCAGAGGCAAGCCAAACUUUGGUGUGCCACUGGCUCCUGCCUGUGAGGAAGAUAGUCUCCAGGCCAAGUCUGUGGAGUACAAGACAGACCAUGACAAGAUGGAGGUUUCUGUCAGGAGAAGUUCCCUGAUGGCACAGCCCGUCCUUGAGCAGGGCUUUCACAAGAAAGCAACGCGAGUUGCUGCAUUGGUGGCGAAGCGGAAGCGGUUGCAGCAAAGUUCUCGUAUGGAACGCUGCAGGAAGAGGGUCUCCUAG